CAAGCUUCAUUUCUCUGUUCGACCAUUGAUCCAUUAUGAUGAAGACCACUACUACCGCCACCAUCACCACCACCGUCUUCCUGUUUCUCCUCUGUUUCUGUGCAGCUCCUUGCAAAACAGAGCACUGCGCCGGCGGGAACCAUAGCGUGAAGAUCAAAAGCCUUUUCCAGUUCGGAGACUCCUUCGCCGACACCGGAAACGCCCUCCACCUCUACCCCAACUCCUGGGUUGGGAAGCCCCCCAACGGCAUCACCAUCGGGAAGCCCACCGGCCGUUUCUCCGACGGGCUCGUCAUCUUCGACUACAUCGCCAAAGCGUUGGGCCUCGACUCUCCUACUCCUUAUUUGGACAUCACGGGGAAAAGUACUCGUAGCAAUGGAGCUAAUUUCGCCGUCGGCGGUGUGACCGCUCUCUCCGGCGACACCUUGAUGAAGCGUUGGAACAUCUCCUUGCCAUUCGCCAAUUCCACCCUCGACGUCCAGCUCCAAUGGUUCCGUCGCUACUUACUGAGAACUUGCCGUCGUCGGAAUAAUAACAAAAGUUGUGUUUCCGAUCUGCUCGAAUCAUCUCUGAUGUCGAUCGAGAUCGGAGGCAAUGACUACACACUCUUGCUGCUCAAGGACGAACAGGACAUUCUUGCUCACAAGAAGAACAGAACUUUCAUCUCUGGGCCCAUCGAAGAAGCCAAGAAAUCGAUGUUGCCACUAGUGAUUCACAAGAUAACAAGCGCCCUCAAGAGGAUGAUGAGUGAUGGAGCGACCCAAGUCUUCGUCCACGGACUGUACCCUUACGGAUGCACACCCGGGUACCUCACGCGCUUCCCUGCAGUCUUCCACAAUCUGACGGUGGAUAAAUUAGGGUGCAUCAAGGAGGCGAACGACUUCGUCAAGUACCACAACCACCAUCUUCGACAAGGUUUGCUCGAAUUGCAGGAGCAGAAUCGCGAGGUCAACAUAAUCUAUGUCGACAUUUACAAGAUCAUGCGCUCCCUGCUCACUCAUGCUUCUUCUCUCGGGUUUGCCAAAACUAACGUAACUUGCUGUGGAGCUGGUGGGAAAUACAACUACGUUUAUACUGUAUUCUGUGGAGACUACAGAAGCGGGGUCAGGCCAUGUAAGCAGCCGGGGAAGUAUGUGUUCUGGGACGAGUUUCAUCUAUCGCAAGCUGCUUCACAGCAAAUUGCCAAGAGAAUGAUACCAAAGAUUCUGAAAAAACCCUACCCUGUAGUCUGCCCUAGAGCUUUAAGCUAUGGAUAGCUUGCUGGCUCGCUCGUAGUCGUAUUAAUGGUAGCUACUAUUAAGUGCCAUAAUUAGUAAUCAAUGAUCUUGGUUUAA